AUGAUGAAAAUAAAAUCAUUAAUAAUUUUAGUUAUUGUUGUAUGUUUAUCAGUUUUUACAUACGCAGGUAGAGAUUUCUAUGAUAUAUUAGGUAUAACUAGAGAUUCUUCACCAGCUGAUAUCAAAAGAUCAUAUCGUAAAUUAUCAGUGAAAUAUCAUCCAGAUAAGAAUCCAGAUAAAAAAGAUAUGUAUAUCGAAAUCAAUUCAGCUUAUGAAACAUUAAGUGAUCCAGAAAAAAGAAGAAUCUAUGAUCAAUAUGGUGAAGAAGGUUUAAAACAAAACCAUGGCGGUGGUGGUUUCGAUCCAUUUGAUAUUUUCUCUGUAUUUGGAGGUGGUGGUAGACAUCAACAACAAGCCCAACAACAACAAAGAGGAGCUGAUAUUGAAUUGGAAUUAGAAGUUACAUUAAAGGAUUUAUACAUUGGAAAAACCACAAAAGUAACACAUAAGAAACAAGUUCUCUGUACAAAAUGUCGUGGUUCUGGUGCUAAAAAAGCAUCAGAUGUCACUACUUGCGGUGGCUGUAAAGGUUCUGGUAUCAAAUUAAAGGUUCAACAAUUAGGUCCAGGUUUUGUACAACAAAUUCAAUCAGCUUGUGAUGAAUGUGGAGGUAAAGGUAAAAAGGUUACAAGUAAAUGUCCACACUGUCAUGGUAAGAAAGUAGAGAUUGGAGAAGAAACAUAUACAAUUGAAAUUGAAAGAGGUAUGAAUGAUCAAUCAAUUAUUAAAUUAGAACAAUUAGGUGAAGAAUCACCAGAUGUUACUCCAGGUGAUAUCAUUUUCAAAAUUGUUACAUCCCCAGAUAGCAAAUUUAGAAGAUCUGGUGAUAAUCUUUACUAUGAUAUGUCAAUUACAUUAUUAGAAGCAUUGGUUGGUUUCAAGAAGGAAAUCGAUCAUUUAGAUGGUCACAAAGUUGAAAUCAAUCGUGUCGAUGUAACUUCACCAGGUUUAACCAUUAAAGUUGAUGGUGAAGGUAUGCCACAUCAUUCUUUCCCAUCUCAAACUGGUGAUCUUUACGUUAUUUUCAAUAUUAUUUUCCCACAAAAAGUUUCUGCCGAGGAUAAAUUAUCUUUUGAAAAAUUAUUAAAAUAA